ACCGCAGUGCCCGGCGUGCUCGCGCCUGACAGGAGUCGCCGCGCGGCUUCGGCGUCUCCUGAGGCGUCCCUUCUCGACGAUGGCCGGCGGCGAACCCCCGCGCUGAGGGGACGGCCCACUUUGCCCACUUCCCCGCCGCCAUUCUCAUCAUGAAGAAGGGCCGCUCUCGAGGGGAGAAAGCGGGGCCCUCGGCGCUGCCGGCCCCGAGGAGGUUGGAGCAGCCUUCGCGGGUCUCUUUGGACGCCUCGGACAGAAGGAGCGCUGUGGGAAGGAAGGAGGCGGACGAAGCCGGGCGGGAGCCGCACGAAAAGGAUGUUAUAGCAGAACCCAUUACUUUGCGAUGCCGAAAGCUCAGUAAUCCUGACAUCUGUUCAUCAACUGGGAAAAGUAAACUCCAUCGACAGUUGAGUCAAGAUGACUGCAAGCUCCGGAGGGGUAGUUUGGCGAGCUGUUUGUCAGGGAAACAGCUGCUUCCUUUAUCCACUAGUAUGCAUAGUGGUGUAGGACAACCAACAUGGCAACCGUCAGGAGAAGCAUCAAAUUUGGUCCGCAUGAGGAAUCAGUCAUUGGGACAGUCAGCUCCAUCACUUACAGCAGGCUUGAAGGAACUUAGUCUCCCCAGAAGAGGAAGUUUAAUCUCCUCUCCUUUCCUUUCUCACUGCCGAGGAAGUGAUGUGCAUCAGCAUACCUUCUCUCCUACAUCUGCUCCAGGUCUGCAGCAUCUUAAAAACCCACUUAGUGCUGAUUGUGCCCUUGCUACCUCUCCUCUAGCAUUUUACCUCAACCCACAUCCUCGGAGCAACCCUGGUAGCCCCUGCCACAGCAAUCCCCUUCAGUGGAGCUGUCGGACCAGUAACAGGAAGAGCUUGAUUGUAACUUCUAGCACAUCUCCAACACUUCCACGGCCACAUUCACCACUCCAUGGACAUGCAGGUGGAAGUCCGUUGGACAGUCCCAGAAAUUUCUCCCCAAAUGCGCCUUCUCACUUUUCCUUUGUUCCGGCUCGUAGCCAUGGACACAGGGCAGACAGGACAGAUGGACGUCGUUGGUCUCUGGCCUCCCUCCCUUCAUCUGGAUAUGGAACAAAUACUCCUAGUUCAACAGUUUCAUCGUCAUGCUCAUCUCAGGAGAAGCUGCAUCAACUGCCCUACCAACCAACAGCAGAUGAACUUCACUUCCUGACAAAGCAUUUCAGUACAGAAAGCAUCACUGAUGAGGAAGGACGACAGUCUCCAGCAAUGCGCCCCCGAUCUCGCAGUCUCAGUCCUGGCCGUUCUCCAGUAUCGUUCGAUAGUGAAAUAGUAAUGAUGAACCAUGUUUACAAAGAAAGGUUUCCAAAGGCCACAGCCCAGAUGGAGGAACGGCUGGCAGAGUUUAUUGCAUCUAGUGCACCAGAGAAUGUCCUGCAGCUAGCAGAUGGAGUGCUAAGUUUCAUUCAUCAUCAAGUUAUUGAGUUGGCCAGAGAUUGCCUGGAUAAAUCACGUGAAGGACUCAUUACAUCUCGGUACUUUUACGAAUUACAGGAAAACCUUGAGAAACUCUUACAGGAUGCUCAUGAACGAUCAGAGAGCUCAGAGGUGGCAUUUGUAACCCAGCUAGUGAAAAAGUUGAUGAUCAUUAUUGCACGGCCUGCACGAUUGCUGGAAUGUCUGGAGUUUGAUCCCGAAGAGUUCUACCAUCUGCUAGAAGCUGCAGAAGGCCAUGCCAAGGAAGGGGGAGGCAUUAAAUGUGACAUUCCUCGUUAUAUCAUCUGCCAACUGGGCCUCACCAGGGAUCCCCUGGAGGAAAUGGCCCAGUUGAAUAGCUAUGACAGUCCAGAUACCCCAGAGACAGAUGAUUCUGCUGAGGGAAAGAGCCGUGGAGCCACUGUGCAAGCCAAGAAAACUCCAUCAGAAGAAGAAUUUGAAACUAUUAAACUAAUUAGCAAUGGGGCAUAUGGUGCAGUGUUCUUAGUGCGCCACAGAACUACACGUGAACGCUUUGCAAUGAAAAAGAUCAAUAAGCAGAACCUUAUUUUGAGGAACCAAAUUCAGCAAGCUUUUGUGGAAAGAGAUAUCUUAACAUUUGCAGAAAAUCCAUUUGUUGUCAGUAUGUUAUGCUCCUUUGAAACCAAGCGGCACUUGUGCAUGGUCAUGGAGUAUGUUGAAGGAGGAGAUUGUGCAACCCUUUUGAAGAAUAUUGGAGCUUUGCCUGUUGAUAUGGCAAGGAUGUAUUUUGCAGAAACUGUUCUGGCACUGGAGUAUCUCCACAAUUAUGGCAUCGUCCACCGUGACCUAAAGCCUGACAAUCUUCUCAUAACUUCAAUGGGUCAUAUCAAACUGACUGAUUUUGGCCUCUCUAAAAUUGGCUUAAUGAGUCUGACAACAAACCUGUAUGAAGGUCACAUUGAGAAAGAUGCCAGAGAAUUCUUGGAUAAGCAAGUUUGUGGGACUCCAGAAUACAUUGCCCCAGAAGUGAUCUUGCGUCAGGGUUAUGGAAAGCCUGUGGACUGGUGGGCCAUGGGAGUAAUCUUGUAUGAGUUUCUGGUUGGAUGUGUUCCCUUUUUUGGUGACACACCAGAAGAGUUAUUUGGGCAAGUAAUCAGUGACGAAAUUGCCUGGCCAGAAGGAGAUGAGGCUUUACCACCAGAUGCACAGGACCUCAUUGGCAAACUUCUCCGACAAAACCCCUUGGAAAGAUUGGGAACAGGUAGUGCUUUUGAAGUGAAACAGCAUAGGUUCUUCAAGGACUUAGACUGGAAUGGAUUACUUCGGCAAAAAGCUGAAUUUAUUCCGCAGUUGGAAUCAGAAGAUGACACAAGCUACUUUGACACUCGUACAGAGAGGUAUCAACAUUUAGAUUCUGAGGAAGAAGAAGACACAAACGAUGAUGAUCGUGUGGAAAUUAGGCAGUUUUCUUCAUGUUCACCAAGGUUUAGCAAGGUAUAUAGCAGUAUGGAACGCCUUUCAAUCCAUGAAGAAAGAAGGACACCACCACCCACUAAACGUAGCCUGAGUGAAGAAAAGGAUGACAGAAUUGACAGUCUUGGUAGCCUUAAGAGUCGUGACCGCAGCUGGGUGAUUGGGUCUCCUGAAAUAUUGCGCAAACAUAUCUCAGUGUCUGAAUCCUCUCAUACAGAAAGUGACUCCAGUCCACCGCUCACUGUCCGUCGUCGUUGUUCUGGGCUUCUCGAUAUGCCUCGCUUUGCUAUUUCAGCAGAGGAAGAAGGGAAAAGGAAAUCAUUGGAUGGGACAUUACUGCCAAUCACACAGCCACGGGAGAGCCUUCCUCUUCCAAUUCCAGAGCAACCUGUAGAACAAGAAAUCCAGCUGGGUGAUAGCGAUGGGCCAAAAACACCCUCUUCAACUGCUAGUAACAUAAGCAGUUCAACAUUGACAGCUGGGAGCAAUACAGACUUCUCUGAUCAACGCACUCGCAGUAAUAGCAAUGAAGGCUCAGAAUUUACUACUCCAAAAGCCACAAGUGACUUAGCAGUGCGAAGAGCCCGUCAUAGGUUACUUUCUGGUGAGUCGGGGGAGAAACGGACUUCACGGCCUGUCAAUAAAGUGAUUAAGUCAGCGUCAGCCACUGCCCUCUCCCUUCUAAUUCCCUCAGAGCACCAUACCUGUUCUCCACUCGCCAGUCCAAUGUCACCUCAUUCUCUCUCCUCCAACCCAUCUUCAAGAGAUUCAUCUCCAAGUCGAGAUUUUUCUCCCGCUGUCAUGAACCCUAAACCACCAAUCAUCAUCCACCGUGCUGGGAAGAAAUAUGGCUUCACGCUUCGUGCCAUCAGAGUUUAUAUGGGAAACAGUGAUAUCUACACAGUGCAUCACAUGGUUUGGCAUGUUGAGGAAGGUGGACCGGCUAGUGAGGCAGGUCUUCGGGAAGGAGAUUUGAUCACCCAUGUGAAUGGAGAACCUGUUCAUGGAUUGGUUCAUACUGAAGUGGUGGAGUUGGUCCUGAAGAGUGGGAAUAAAGUAUCCAUAUCUACUACACCUUUUGAGAAUACGUCAAUCAAAGUGGGGCCAGCUCGGAAAGCCAGCUACAAAUCAAAGAUGGCAAGGAGAAACAAGAAAAGUAAAACAAAAGAUGGACAAGAAAGUAAGAAGAAGAGCUCUUUGUUCAGAAAGAUCACCAAGCAGGCAUCUCUGCUUCACACCAGCAGAAGUCUGUCUUCUCUUAACCGUUCUCUGUCAUCUGGAGAAAGUGUUCCUGGUUCACCAACCCACAACCUCUCCCCUCGUUCACCAACUCAGAGCUACCGGUCUACUCCCGAUUCCACACAUUCAGUGGGUGGAAACUCUUCUCAGAGCAGCUCGCCUAGUUCCAGUGUUCCUAACUCUCCAGCUAGUUCAGGACAUAUCCGGCCCAGCUCUUUGCAUGGAUUAGCACCAAAACUUCAACGGCAGUAUCGAUCACCAAGACGUAAAUCUGCAGGGAACAUUCCUCUCUCACCACUAGCACAUACUCCCUCACCAACUCCACAGUCCACAUCACCUCAGCGUUCUCCUUCUCCUUUACCUGGGCAUUCAGUUGGCAGUUCAAGCAUCAUGCAGUCUUUCCCUGUAAAAUUACACUCCUCCCCACCCCUCGUCCGACAAAUGUCAAGGCCUAAGAGUGCAGAACCACCAAGAUCUCCUCUCUUGAAAAGAGUGCAGUCAGCCGAAAAACUAACCUCCUCACUGUCCUCCUCAGAAAAGAAGCUACCCUCUUCACGCAAGCACAGUUUGGACAUUUCUCAUUCCGAAUUCAAGAAGGAAAUGCUCCAAAGAGAUCCAGGCCUCCAGAGUUGGCAAGAAUCAAUAAAUGAAGCAACCGGAGGUAAAGUUGGGCUUGCAGAAAAGGGGAUGCUCCAAAAACCUUCCAGAAAACUAGGGGCCAUUCGGCAAGAUCGGGUGGACAGGAGAGAGUCUUUGCAGAAGCAAGAGGCCAUCACUGAAGUAGAUUCUUCCGAAGAUGAAACUGAUGAAGGGUCAGAAGAUAGUCAAGAUGGGAAAAGAUUGGACAGGCCACAUUUCAGUAGAGACCAUCACAUUUCUGAUUCUUUCACUGAGGAGAUGAAGCUUUCUUCCAAGUUGGAAAGCAAAGAUAGUAUGGAAGAAGAUGCUUUCCUUCCCGAGGAACCAAAACCUGGUAAUUUGCAGAACAGGGCAAACCAAGAGCAACCAAAGGAUAUUACAGGGACACCACUGCCUGAUAUAGAGAGGUCACAGACUAAGAUUGUUGUGAGAACUUCACCGGUAGAAAAAUCUGGUAACUGUGAAACAAUUAAGUUAGCAUCAGAAGUUGAAAUAGCAUUGUUGACUAUAGAAGGCAAUACAAUUAGUGAUAUCAAAGAUGCUAAAGAUCCUAAAAAAACUGUGGCUAUCCAAGAAAGCAUAGAUUGCCCAGAGCAGGGGAAGUGCCUGCCACUGAGAUCCUUGCAGGUUGGUCAAGGUGAUUGCUUGAGGCUGGCACAUGACAAAGAUAAAGUGAAGAUGUCUGCUUCUGAGGAAUCUACUCACAUGUUAUCCCACAAAUCUAUGCCUUUGUUUGCACUUUCCUCUACUUGCACAAGUAGUAUAAGCUCUCUUCCACUACUAAGCCAAAAAGACUGCAAAGAUGUACCUCAGAAACAGGGGCACCAAUAUAUCCAAGAAAAUAUCAGUAUGUGGAACUGGGCAAAUAGUGGCAGAAUGUCGGCACAAAGAUUGUCUGAUGCUGAAGAACUAGAAGAGAUAUCUUCUGGUGUAGCAACUUCAAAACACAAAAGUCAACCAAUGGAUAAAAACCGAAGUUGUUCUACAGGUGGUUCAGCUUGCACAGUUGAAAGUGGAGAAGCCCCUUGGCCAGUUCAUUUGGUAACCAAUGCUAAAAGAAUGCUGGAUUCCAAAAAUCCCAACAUGUCUGGCUCAAAAGUACUAGAAAAAACAAGAGGGGAGGUCCCUCGGGAGGAACUGUUUUGUAUGAAAAAGAGUGUAUCUGAGCAAGGAAUGGAGGAGGCACCAAGAGAAAGAUCAAACGUUGAAACAGCCAAAACAUUGAGCAUUGGGGAUCUCAUUGGUGUAUGUAGUUCUCACCUCACGUCAGAAAGCACAAGAAUGUCUUGGAAGUCAGGCUACUCAGAGGGAACAGAAGAAGAGACAAUCCCUGGCAAUUCUAAUGUACCUGAAACAUUGAAGGCAAAGAGUCAGAUCCGUCCACCUGAAGAUCAGGGAGAUGGCAUUGUGGAGCUGAACAUGGGGGCUUCUUCUGGACCAGAUGGCCGCCUGAGUCCUAAAAAGGAGAAAACCCGGAUGCCAGGAGAAACCAGAGAGGCUGGAAGUCAGUCACUGACAAAAGACCUCCUAUCAUCAGAAGGUGAUGUUGCGAAGGAAACAUAGCAUUCUGCAUUCAGAAAAAAGACAGCAUUAAUAGAACACAGUUAUAAAUCAGAAAACCUGUACAUCUAUUUUUUGUAACUUUGUGUUUUCACACUCUUGCCUUUUUUCAUUCUUGCAAUUCUAUUUUUGUACACAGCAUUUGCCAUUUGAUGCCUCGUAACAAGGUAUCUUUAAAGAAAAAUUACAAACUGAUUUGCAAAUGUCCUCUCCCCCUUCCCAUUUAAAAAUGCCCUCGUUCUGGAGUGCCCUUUGCAUAGUUUUCACUUUGAGCUUUUUGAGAACAUACACUUACAAAACAAGGCUCACUUGAGGAACAUACAUUGUGAACAUCAGUUCCAAAUUUUAGUUAUUGUGAGCCAAAUUUUGGUCACUUCUUUACAUUGGCAAAGACCUACCAUAAUACCUUUGGCAAAAUUAUCUUGAAAUAUUUUCUGUCUUUGCACACUUUUUUUCUCACAUAUCGUAGACUUUUGAAGGAAACCUUGCAUGUCAUCUUGUAUAAUUGGAAAAUAUUCCUUUUUUAAAAAAAUCUGUUAAGUGAAAUGUCAAACUUUCAGUUUGUGCAUGAUUUUUUUAAAAAAAAUGCUUUAAAAGAAGCAUGAUGCCAUCUUCAACUUUUAUUUAGAAUUUUUAAAUACUUGUGGCCUUACCAGCCUCACUUUGCUCAGUGGGCAAGUACCUAAAAGAGGUACAGGCUGUAUUGGUUAGCUCUUAGUGAAGUAGCAUCCCAAAUUGCACCACUGAGAUGUUUCUGAGCAUCUGAAACUAUCUCCUCCCAUCUUGUGGGACAGCAUAACUACUAGUAAACACAAGUAACAGUUGACAAAUUUGAUUUCAUUGGAAGGAAUUAUUUUUAUGGAUCCAUCAGGAACAGGCUAAGACAGGCCGCUGUGUUACUUAUCCAAUUGUAAGAAUACAAUUAACUGGCCCCUCGAUGACAAAUUAAUUAUACAUUUGUUAUAAUUCAGAUUUCUCUGUUCAUCUGAUUUCUCUCUCUCUAAAAUGCUGUUACCUAUGUAACCUUUUGGAAACUCAAACAAAGCUGCCUAGACCAGUAAUGCUGCACUGAUAUAUAGACAGAUAACUAUACAUAUACACAAUUAAGCAGUAGAUGAAGCAUUUCAGAUCUAUUCCUUAUUGAAUCUAAUUACAAUGUAUAGGCAAGACGACAACUUGCACAAAUGCCAUAAAUUCUUGUGAAUUUUACUUAUGGCUGCUAAAUGUAUGUGGGCAGAGAAAGCAAUCAUUUGCAUUGUCCACAGUUCUCUGUAAACAAGAGGUGAUCACAUGGCAACUGUAAUAGCUCCCUAGGGCAUGCGCUACAGUUAAUUACAAUACAGCUUCAUUACUCAGCCAUGUUUCUGAUAUAAAGCCUUCUGCUGUUCAGUUUCACCUUACAAAGGCUACUUUUUGACUCGGAAGCAGAUCUUAAAUUUAUUGUCAUCACAUUUCAAUGGCCUUUUGGUUCUUGUUUGAACUUCUUGAACCCCCUCCCCCCCCCAAAAAAAACAACAACAACAAAACAAAACAAAAACUGCCUAGCUCUUGAUUCUUUGGUUUCAGUUUUGGACCAACUUGUUUGAUUUGGGAUUAUUUUUUACAUUAACCACUGUGUUUGUGUGCGUGCGUGUGUGCGUGUAAUGCUUUUUGUGCGUGGUGUAAAGCUGUAAAAGAAGAUACAUUGGUUUUCUCAUAUUAAGUUCUCAGACUUUCAAGAGUAAUAAUUCUCACAGAUAAAGUACACUAAUCUCCUUAGUCCUGCCACCAGCAUAGAAGAGUAGACGCCACAUGUGUUGGCAUCUAGGCCUGUGUUUGAACUGCCUUUUCUCUCAAUUUGCUGCAUUGAACUCCAGGCAAAGGCAGUCAGAUGUGGAUACAGCAACUCAUUUAGAAAAAGGGAAUUGUUUUUCAUAUCAUUCAAUAGCCACUGAAAGUACAUGCUGAUUUAAAGUAAUGUAAAAAUAAUUAGAUGUCAUGAUAUACACAGUAUGGAUUUGAGCCCUGUGGAUAAAUGGUGUGGCUUCAACUAUACUUUGUAGCAUCUAUACACACAUAGAUAGCCAAAGGAAGUGUUUAUCUAGUUUAGCCAAAUAAACCAUAUUGGGACACCUCAUUUAUGUAUUAUAGAUAUGCUACAUAGAUGUUAUCUUUUUGAUAUGUUUACCUAACAGCAAACUUCUGUCGUCAUUAAAGCCUCCAGGAGUGUCCAUCUCUCACCACUUGCUAGAUUCAUUUAACUGUGGACCUACUUGAGAAAAAAUUCAUGGCUGGAGAUAGUUCUACCCAAACUUCAUGUUAAUAAAUGGGAUUUACACGUUGACAUUUGAAUACAAGAGUUCUGACAAUCAUAAUGUUACAGGGGGCAGAAUUUAAGAUACUGAAAGCACUUACAACCAUUAAGCCUAACAGGAGGUGGUGUGUAACAGACCUCCUGAACUCGUUGUUAACAUGUUGAGGGGAAACAGUUGUAAUUGUGACUGUCUGUAGUCCAGUUAAGGUACUCAGUCCAUAAAUAAAGCUAGCUCAGACAUCACCAUUGUGUUCUGUUUAGGCAAAAUACACAUGUAGCCAUCUUUACCAUAUUGCUUUCCCAGUAUUUCAUGUUUUAGUUUAUAUAUCUAGAUUUCAUUUAUUUUCUUCAUACAGCCUUUUAAACUUCUAAGUAUCCAGGUGAUGCAUUCCUCAGCAAUACUACACACCAUUGAAUGGUGCAACUAAGACCAUCAAACUGAUGUUUAAUGUAAAUAUUAGAUUUUAGCAUUGCUAGAAGUCCCAUCCUGAGAGAAGCAUGUCCAAAAUGUUACUGUGCUCAUUACGCUGUGAAAAGAUACUUGGCAUUGAGCAGGAAAAGGGGGAAUGACCUGCAGUUGGUUUUUUUUUUCUACAUUAGCACUGAAUUAAGGUGUGACAUUUUGAUUUGUUUGUUUGUUUGUUUUCCUCUGGGGAGGGGUGAAGUCUCUCUCCAGUUUUAUCUUUACUGGACAUGAAGAAUGGUGCCGUAUUUCUAGUAGGUGAUUUUACAGCUGUGUGUGUGUGUUUACAAUUGUGUUUUGAUUUUUGUUACUUUGGAGGCUGUGAGCACAGUUUUCACACUGUGUUCCAAUUUCAAGCUGGUGCCUCUCAGCACCUGGUUAGCAGAAGACAAUGUGGGAUAUAAGUGUUUUUAGAAACUUGAACAAUUGCCACAUAAAGAGAGGUGCAAUAAUUUUUAUUCUUGUUGUACCUGCAUGUUGAUGUUCAAAUACUCUUCUGAAAUACACUUCAUUUUUUACAUAAACCUGUGUCCAACCUUUGACUCCA